AUGAUUUCUUUCUCCUCCGUCCAAUCCACAGCCGCGACGGCCUGCGUCGCCGCCACCCGCACCGCCCUUUUACCUCAUUACGAUUCCCAUAAGUUAUCCUUCUCACUUCCAUCAAAACCAUCCCAAUUUCCGUGUUAUUCCCACCGCCGCCAGCAUGGCCUACGCAUCAGGGCAAUUGACGCGGCGCAGCCCUAUGAUUACGAGGCCCACCUCGUCCACCGCUUCGUACAGUCCACCAGGCUCAAAAUUGCCGUAAUUGGCUUCGGAAACUUCGGUCAGUUCCUUGCUAAGGCCUUCAUCCGCCAGGGACACACUGUUUUCGCGCAUUCUCGGUCAGAUUACGCCUCCAUUGCAGAAUCCCUUGGUGCUGCUUUCUUUUUUGAUACUCAUGAUCUAUGUGAACAACACCCUGAUGUAAUCCUUCUCUGUACCUCUAUAAUUUCUACUGAAUCGGUACUUAGGUCUCUCCCGAUCCAAAGGCUGAAGCGCAAUACGCUUUUUGUUGAUGUUCUAUCAGUAAAAGAGUUUGCGAAGAAUAUUUUCCUGCAGGUUCUUCCUACCCAUUUCGAUAUUCUUUGUACUCACCCAAUGUUUGGCCCUGAAAGUGGGAAAAACAGCUGGCAAAAUUUGCCCUUUGUAUAUGACAAAGUUAGGAUUGGGAAUGAGGACUCUAGAUUUGCCCGGGUCGAGAACUUCCUGGACAUUUUCCAGAAGGAAGGGUGUAGGAUGGUGGAGAUGACUUGUGCAGAGCAUGAUAAAUAUGCUGCUGGAUCACAGUUUAUCACACACACAAUGGGGAGGAUUUUGGAGAAGUUACAAUUGGAUAGCACUCCAAUAAAUACCAAAGGGUAUGAAACUUUGCUGGAUUUGGUGGAAAAUACGGCCAGCGACAGUUUCGAUCUGUACUAUGGGUUGUUUAUGUACAAUAAAAAUGCAAUGGAGCAAAUAGAGAGAUUGGAUUUGGCAUUUGAGGCUUUGAAACAGGAGUUGUUUGGACAUUUGCAUGAGCUGUUGCGAAAGCAAUUGUUUGGGAAGUCCGAGGAGGAGACGCGGAGGCCAGUGCUGGCAAAGUUACCCAAGAAUGGGACUCCUUUGUUACCGGCUCAAUCAGAGACCUUGGAGAAUAAUGAUAAUUAG